ACAUACCUUCCAGUGUACGUAUAUGAGUAAUAUUGUCCUUUUUACAGACCUAUUAUCUGGAGCCCUCCGGUCGGAACAACUCUGCUCUGACUAAACUUCCACCUUGGACCGACGUAGGUGUAAAUACUCAACGCCAUCCACUUCUACUAGUGCCUACCUAUGUACCUACGCAUUUUGCCCACCUACCUACCUGUCCUCUUGCUCACUCUUUACCCCCGAGUUGGGGAGUUUCUUCGGCAGCCCAAUCAAUCCGCCGGCGUCAUUUGAGACGCGGCUAUCGUCUGAGCUUCUGUCUCAUCGACGAUCUUCCCACAGAGCCUGGUCGUCUGACUGAAGCUUCCUCUUCGAGUCCUCUGGUAGCUCUCACCAUUACAGUGCGACCGAGCCGUACUAUCUUACUGCAAAAGAAAAGAAGAAAAUGGCUCGGCUCAGAGACUCACGCUCACCAACUCCUGCAGGAAGCCAGCAAUCCUCAAGAAGACAACGCAGAGAUGAGAAUAGAAGGGACCGAGACCGGCAUCGGGACCGGGACCGUCGAGACUUUGGCCGAGACCCACGACGCCGGAGUCGUUCUCGGAGCCCACUCGAUCGCCGGAACCGCGACCGCGAUCGUGACAGGGACCAUGACUUCCGCCGACGUGACCGUUCCACAGACCGUCGAGACGACGACUAUUAUCGAGGCGGGAGAGACCGUAGGCGGUCGCGUGAUCGCAUUCUAGACAGGGAAAGGGACCGAUCUCCCGAUCCUCGUCGGCGGAGAAGCCGUGACCGUGAUAGUGACAGGGAUCACCGAAGCAGGCGAGACGAGUCCCGUGAUCGAGGCAGAGGACGGCGCGAAGGUACUGCUGACUCCAAUCCACGCAGUAGGCGAGGCGAUAGUCGCGACCGUGCCCCGGCGCCCAGCGAUUCCAGCAAACCCAAGGCUGCCGACGCCGACUUGCCCAAGUUUUCGUCUGCCCAGUCCGAGUCCGACAAGAAGGCCGAGCGGCUCGCGAAGUUAGCAGCAUGGAAGAAGAAACAGGAGGAGAAAGAACGGCAAAAGGAGCCAACUCCAGGCGGAACUCGGAAACUACUGGCUGAAAUGGACCAAAAGGCUAACGCUACGCCUUCUUUGGCUCCGUCUACGGACGCCUUGCCCGUGUCGACACCCCCAGCCGAUCAGCAAAUUCUGUCACCGGUUGCCCCGUACGCUGGAAAAUUCGACCCCAAGGCUAUCGCAAAGAAGUCCGCUCCCAAGGCCCAUUCCCCUGGCGCAGCCCCUAAACUGGGCGUGAUUGCGGGUCAGCCGUCCGCAAAUGUCGCUCCGACAGCAAAAGCUCCAAGCGUCUCCGCCCUACCACAAAGCAGAGCUAAAGCAAGCGGUUUCGGCUUCCACAAGCAGAACGCGGAAGCCGACAAAGUCUCACAAAAGCGCAAGCUGAUGCUUGACGAAGAUGAGACGUCGGAUAGGAAACUCGCUAAGCUGCCCUCCUUACCCCUCGGCGACGUUGACGAUACGCCCUACGAUAAUCAGGAUGAGGAGGACGAUGACGAUACAGCUCAUUUUGCCGGGGACGAAGAGGAAGAGGCUGCCGCCGCUCGAGCAGCCCAGGAAAGACGCGAAGAACGUAUCGCGCAGGGGAACGCUCAACAGGAAGCCGAAAUGCAGGUCGACCAAGGCGAGGAAGGGCCAGUUCCGGAAAUAGACGACGCCACGCGGGAGGCGCAACCUAGCGAGGCACAACCCAGCGAGGAGAUGGAAAUUGAUGAGGAGGAUGUUGACCCCCUGGACGCUUUCAUGAACGACCUCGAGAUCAAGCCCGUCGUGAUGAAACCCGCCAGGACCGGCGUGAGCCAAAAGAACGCGCAGGAACCCGAGGCAUACUUUAGCGACGACGAGUACGAUUAUCGCAGGGAGAAUGUGGACCCUGAUUCAUUCUUGGCCCUUGCGGCAAAGGCGCGCAAGAAGAAGGAUAUACCGUCGGUCGACUACAGCAAACUCGAUCUAGAACCCAUCCGGAAGAAUUUCUGGGUCGAACCAGCCGAAUUAUCGGAGAUGACUGAUGCCGAAUUGGUAGACCUGCGUAUUGAAUUGGACGGUAUCAAGGUGUCCGGGAAGGAUGUACCGAAGCCGGUCCAGAAGUGGUCGCAAUGCGCACUGUCCCGGAAAACUCUGGAUAUCAUCAGCGGGUUGGGGUACGAAAAGCCUACGCCGAUUCAGAUGCAAGCGUUUCCUGCCAUCAUGUCCGGCCGAGACGUUAUCGGCGUCGCGAAGACUGGCUCGGGAAAAACGCUGGCGUUUCUCUUACCCAUGUUUCGGCACAUAAAAGAUCAACGGCCCCUCAAGGAGAACGAAGGCCCCAUCAGCCUGAUUAUGACCCCGACACGUGAGUUGGCUACCCAGAUACACCGAGACUGCAAACCAUUCUUGAAGUCUAUGAAUCUUCGUGCGGUUUGCGCAUACGGUGGUGCGCCCAUCAAGGACCACAUCGCCGAGUUGAAGCGGGGAGCGGAGAUUGUAGUUUGCACGCCGGGCCGCAUGAUCGAUUUGCUGGCAGCUAAUCAAGGCCGCGUCACCAAUUUGAAGAGGGUUACGUACGUCGUCCUCGACGAGGCGGACCGGAUGUUCGAUAUGGGCUUCGAGCCGCAAGUGAUGAAAAUCUUCGCGAAUAUGCGACCAGACCGCCAGACAAUCCUCUUCUCGGCCACGAUGCCUCGUAUCAUGGACGCCUUGGCCAAGAAAGUUCUGAACAGCGCUGUAGAGAUUACCGUAGGGGGGAGGAGUGUGGUUGCUCCCGAGAUCACUCAGGUUGUCGAGAUCCGCGAGGAAAGCAGCAAGUUUGUUCGCUUGCUCGAGCUUCUAGGCGAGCUCUACGACAAGGAUGAGGACGCUCGAACUCUAGUGUUCGUAGAACGCCAAGAGAAGGCCGAUGAUUUGUUGAAAGAAUUGAUGCGAAAAGGCUACCCUUGCAUGUCGAUUCACGGUGGGAAAGACCAGAUCGAUCGAGACUCGACCAUUGAAGAUUUCAAGCACGGUAUUGUUCCAAUCCUCAUCGCAACUUCGGUGGCGGCCCGCGGUCUCGAUGUCAAGCAGCUGAAGCUAGUGGUCAACUACGAUGCGCCGAAUCACCUCGAGGAUUACGUACAUCGUGCUGGUCGCACGGGACGUGCUGGAAACAAGGGAACGGCAGUCACGUUCGUAACCGGAGAUCAGGAGAACUGUGCCCCGGGAAUCGCGAAGGCCUUAGAGCAGAGCGGUCAGCCGGUCCCGUCACAGUUGGACGAAAUGCGCAAAGCCUUUAGGGACAAGGUGAAGUCGGGCAAGGCCAAGGACCAAUCGGGCUUUGGUGGCAAAGGGUUGGAACGCCUCGACCAAGAGAGGGAAGCGGCCCGUCUGCGAGAACGAAAAAGUCAUAGGACAGAAGGAGAGGAGGACGAGGAGAAGAAGGAUGAGAAAUCUGGAGAAGAAAAGAAAGGCGACAAAGCCCUAUCGGCCAUCCAGACGGCAGCUUCAGGCAUCAUGUCUCGCGACGCUGCUCCGAAAGUUGAUCCUGAACCAAAAUACACCAUCCACAAGAGAGAAGACCCGGCGCCAUCCUCGAACGGCAACAACCCACUGGACAAGGUGUCGUCUGCUAUCAAUGCCAUCAAUGCUCGUCUGGGUCGUGCCGGCCAGUUGCGGCCAGGCCAGCCCAUCGACAACAAAGGGCCGGACGCCGGCGCGUUCCACGCGACGCUCGAGAUCAACGACUUCCCGCAGAAAGCUCGUUGGGCCGUUACGAAUCGCACCAAUGUCGCCAAGAUUCUGGACGCCACCGGGACCUCCAUCACCAACAAGGGCACCUUUUACCCGGCCGGGAAGGAGGUGCCGGCCGGCGGCGAGCCCAAACUCUACGUGCUGGUGGAGGGAGACACGGAGCUUAUGGUGGCAAACGCUAUGGCCGAGCUUACACGCCUGCUUAAGGAGGGCACUCUGGCCGCAGCGGACGCCGACAGUAGAGCACCUAUAGGUGGCAGGUACACUGUCACGUAAUGGUACAGGGGAGAGCAUAUGGGAGGGCAAAUAUAAGUCGGGGUCAGCCGGGACAGGGUGAGCUAGUACCUCGGUUCUAGCAACGGGUACCGGAGACGGGCUGAGAUGUGACACUAGAUAAGAAAUAUACAGAUGAGCGCAGACGUCCAUGACGAGAGGCUAUGUGUGCCGAAAGAAAUGAAGACGGGGGGCGACCAUGGCUCAGGAGCCCAAACUAGAAUGCAAUGCAAAAAUAUCUGCCAAUCGUCGACGCGCUCCUGCUUCUCUCCUCGUCCUCGUCCCCCGCCCCUAUCCUGCCGCGCCGGUCGCGACUAAUUGUGGUUCCUCGCCUCGGCCGCCUCGUCGGCGUCUCGGCGGCGCGUCUCGUCGCGGCUGAGCUCGUUGAGGGUCUCGUUGCGCGUCUGCUUCUUCUGCGCCGCCAGCUGGGUGCCGAGCUUGCCGACGGGCUUCGACAUCGAGGCCUGGGCUCGUCUCUGUCGCGCGUGGUGGUCAGGACGGACGCGGUGCUUGCUCGCCUGCGCCCAACGAGAUAUAAAAUGCGCGUAUAUGUAGGUAUAGGCAUGCAUAUAUAUAUACACAUAUAUAUUAUACAUACAUAUAUAUUAUACAUACAUAUAUAUUAUACAUA